AGAUAUGAAUGGCGCUAUGUAGGUCCCAAAUAGCAUUGGAGUUAUGUAUCUGGGUUAAUUUAUGUUCUGCAGCUUUGCGAACGUUUAGAUUUUACAGCAUAAAUCGAACGCAACCAUGUGUAUCAAAUGUUGUUUAUGUUGUCUGUGUUCUGAUGUGACAUAACUUGUGACCUUCAGAAUCAUACAUUAAUAUUAGAACACUUUUGUCUAUAGAAGAGUGGGGAGGAAUUUUACAGUGGAGAAUAGAAAAUAACUAAACUAUUACAAAAAUGGCAUCGCAACUGUCUGAUGAAGAAUUUAAAAGAUUACAGACACAACUUAUUGAACUAAAAACUGCUAACUAUGGGUUAGAGGAGCAGUGCAAGAAAUAUAGAAAUGAUAAUCAUUCUCUCUCAUCAAGACUUGGAGCACUAGAGAGAGAAUAUCAGAGAGUGCAGAAAUCUAUCAACAGAAGUAAGAAGGCAAAAGACAUAGAUCUACUUCUGAAUGAAAAUGAAAACCUGCAAGGAAAACUGGAAGCUCAAGAGGAUGACUUUCGUCUACAAAAUCAGACCUUGCUUCAGGAACUUUCUGCUUUAAUUGCAGCAAAUGAAAAACUUGAACAAGAGUUAGCUGUAUUGAGAAGACUAGAAGAUGGAACAUGCAUCACAGAAAAUUUGAUGAAGAUGGAGAAUGAGGGACAACAUUUGCAAACAGAGAGAAUGGUCUCAACAAAAUUUCUAGUGGAGGAACAUUUAAAGGUGGAGAAAGAACUGGGAGAACUGAGAGAAUUUAUCCAGUCAUUCAGCACUGCAGACAGCCAACAAAAUGAAGCAGAUUCUGAGCAGGGUGAUAGUGUAUCAAGUGGCAAAGACGAUUUUGUUCAAGUGGGCAAAACAGAUGUCACAUACCAGAAGCGAGACACAUCAGAAAUAGAUUUUUUUAAACCGGUUGAGCAGAAACUUCAGUAUUUGGAAGCACACCUGAAGAACUUAUCAGAUGUUUUGAUGUGUUUGGAGGCUGAAAAACAGGGAAAAAAGGAGGUUCAGUUUGAAGUGAAACAACUGCAAGACAAAUUGCUUAGAAAACAGGAGGCUCUUGUACAGCUGCAAGAAGAGAAAGAAAAGUUAUACGCAGAAAGCAGGAAAGCUUAUGAGGAACUACAAGCAGGAAAGGAACAGGAAAUAGUUACAUUAAAGGACCAAAAUCAGAGGUUACAUGUCCAGUUGAACAACACUCAGCUUUCUCAGCAAGAUUUUAAGGAAAAGUCAUCUCAGCAUAUUCAAGAACUCGAAUCUCGUGUCUCUUUACUGACAAGAAAGAAUGAAAGUACGUCUGAAGAAUGUCUUUUGGAGCUUCGUGCUAAAGUAAUAGAGUUAGAAUGCGUGUUAAGCGAUUCAAGAGAAAAGUUGAGCAUUCUCCAGCAGGAGAAGUCUCAUCUUGAAACUCAUUUGUCAGAUGCUCAGGAAAAGUUACGUCAGGCACAGACAUUAACAAGUGCUUUGGAGGGAGAAAAAGUGCAGCUUGCAAGUGCAUUGGAUGAAGUCCGCCUCUUGGCACAGAAGAGAAAGAAUCUUAUGGAUGAAAUGUCUAUACGAAUCCAACAAAAAAGUGAUGAUUAUAAAUAUCAGAUGUCAAAUCUCACAGAUGAAUUCAGUAAGAGAGAAGAGGAAUUGAAGAAGCAAAUUAAAUCAUUGCAGGCUGAAGUAGAGAAGCUGUCCCCAUUGCAGAGUCAGUUAGAUGAUGCCCUAAUUCAAGUCAAGUCACUAGAAGCAAUGAGAGGACGGUUAGAGCGCCACCAGAAAGAAGCAGAAGACACUACUGAAUCAAAUCGAACAUAUUAUGAAAGUGUGAUUCAGCGUUUGAAAACUGAACAUAAUGAAGAACUUAGUGAGAUGAAACUUUUGUAUGAAAAUCAUGAAAAGUUGUUACAGGAAGAGAUGGCAUCUAUACAGAAUGAGAGAGAGAAAAGGGAUGAAGCAGUGAGUAGGCUGGAACAGCAUCUGCGUGAUGCCGUAGAAGAGAAACAGUUGGCUGAAAGGAAAGGGGCUGCAGUAAUGAAGGAUUUACGACGACAGCUAGCAGCCGAGCGUAAACGAGCAGAGAAGUUACAAGAACGUGUGCAUGAUCUUCUGAAUGAGGGAACACAUGUUAAGACAGAUAUUAACAAAAGUCAUGAUCCUGAAACCAGUUCUAUUUCUUCAUGGAGUCUGAUGAGUGGUAAUUGUGAACCUCGGGAAUCAAGUACACGUGAGAAUAGUUUAGUCACAGGUUCCGUCACUAACGUCAAUGGCAAUCUUCUGUUGUUGAAGCUGUCACCACCACCCGAAGAUCAGGAUUUGGAGCAGGAGAACUACAGGUUGCUGUCAAGGAUCACUUCUCUGCAACAGGAAAAGUGGGUUCUGGAAGAAAAAAUAAACCAUCUAGAACAAUGCAGUGCUGCUAUGGCUGAGGACCUGAUGCACAAGACAGCUCUUAUCCAGUUUUAUUGUAUUGAGGGAAGAUCAGAUCCAGCAACCACAUCAACAUCAUCACCUUCAAGUGAGAGGUUAUCAAUGAAGAAAUUUGUUGAAAUGUUGAAGGGAGAUGAACACGUACAUGAAUCAAACCGAAGGAUGCAGCGAAUGCUAGAAGAGAUGCUAACCAAGAAUAUGCACUUACAGAGUGAUCUGGAACAGCUCUCAUUGGAAGUGGUUAGGCUUAGUAAGGGGGCCGACUGUAAUACAUGUACGUGAGGGUAUUACUAUAGAAAUGUAUUACUCUGUGCUAGCGGAAAUAUGCAUUUUGGGAAUGCAAGUGUCUCCUCUUAACGUUGUUGACUGUCAUCUUUCCGACAGGAUGAUUAUUAAUAUGAUCAGCAUUACUUUGUGCACACUAUGUCAUGCCUAUAUAUGUGACACCUAUGAUAACACGAUCGAUUUACUCCCCACUGAAAAAUGCGUUAUUACACUGUAUUGAUUAAAAAUUUUGAAAAAUGUAUAAGUUUGUGAAUUAUCUGUCUAGUGUGUCAGAUA